ACUUCACUUCCCUUCACAAAGUGUAUUGACUUCUAUCUUCUCUCUUCUAUGAUAGGACAAAGUUCUUGAUAAAUGAGAGAGAGAGAAGAGGUUGGUGUUGUAAUUUUGUGAAUACAGUACCAUGACACAGAGAGAGAGAGAGAGUGAGAGGGAGAGGGGGAAGGAGGGAGAGGGAGAGGGAGAGAAUUAAAGAAAUUAAGUAGAUAGAACAUAGACACAGGGGGAAAAAAACACAAGCACAAAAACACACACACACCAGCACAAAAAUGUUUGAAGGAGUACCAGACCAGUUCCACCAAUUCAUAGUUUCAAGAACAUCACUCCCUCUCCCUCUCUCUUUCCCACCUCUUCAUGGCUCCUCUAGUACUAGUACUGCUACCUUCCCUAGUUUUGAUCUCUACACUUCUAAUCAUCAUCAAUAUCACCAUCAACAGCUACCCCUGCAGCAGCCCAGUUUCUUGCACCCAUUGCACCAUAGUUCACCACCGGCCACCACUAAAAAUGAAGACAAGCAAGAAAACAGCAUGGUACUUGUGAAUUUGGAAAUUGAAAGAGACAGAUCAACGCAGGAAUCCAUCGAUCCAUGGUCUAAUGAUGAAGUGCUUGCACUGUUGAGGAUCAGAUCUAGCUGGGAGAAUUGGUUCCCAGAAUUCACUUGGGAACAUGUAUCAAGGAAGCUUGCAGAGCUUGGGUUCAAAAGAAGUGCUGAGAAGUGUAAGGAGAAGUUUGAAGAAGAAAGCAGAUACUUCAACAACAUUAAUUACUCCAAGAAUUACAGGGAUUUGGGUGUGCUUGAAGUGCUUUACCGUGAUGAUAAUCAAAACCUUCAAGAGAUUGCAGCAGGAAAGAACAAAAAAAUGGACAAGGCCACCGAAGAAGAAGACAAGAUGGAACAGAAUGUGAAAGAAGAUUCAAAAAUUGAUCAAACAGUAGGAAACCCAGCUGAGGAUAAUGGGAAAGAGGAUGAGAAAUCCAAGAGCAAGAAAAGAAGAAGACAACAAAAGUUCGAGAUGUUCAAGGGCUUCUGCGAAGAUAUUAUAAGCAAAAUUAUGGCUCAACAGGAAGAAAUGCAUAAUAAGCUUCUUGAAGAUAUGGUGAGGAGAGAUGAAGAGAAGUUAGCGAGAGAAGAAGCUUGGAAGAAGCAAGAAAUGGAUAGGAUAAACAAGGAGCUUGAACUUAGGGCACAAGAACAAGCUCUUACAGGUGAUAGACAGGUAAAAAUAAUCAACUUCUUGAAAAAAUUCUCAUCAUCAACUGGUUCUUGUAUUGAAAUUCUCGGAGAGACAAAUAUACAAGAUCUUCUUAAAGGACCAAAUAGUUCAAAUCCUUCCAUUUCAUCUUCUUUGGUGUUACCGCAAAACCCUAAUAACAACCAAAGCAAAUCAGAAGCACCCAUAUCAACUACCAUAGGUUUAGGUCAUCAAAACUCAAGCUCAUUGCCAGCCAAAAACAAUCCAAUUGUACCCACUUCAAUGUCAGAAAACCUAGCACCUCAAAACCCUAGUUCAACACUCGUGCACAGUUCAUGCACAUCCUCAUUACAAGCUCCCCAAACCCAGACCCCAAAUGAUCUCACUUCCCAAAGCAAUCCACUGCAAACAGAAACUGUGCAAAAAAAGCCCACAUCCAAUGAUAAAGAAGACCUGGGAAAGAGAUGGCCAAAAGACGAGGUAUUAGCUCUGAUAAACCUAAGGAGCAGUCUCUACCACAGUAAUGAAGACAAGGAAGCAACAGUGAAGGCUCCUUUAUGGGAGAGAAUCUCACAAGGGAUGAUGGAGUUGGGUUAUAAAAGGAGUGCAAAGAGGUGCAAAGAGAAAUGGGAGAACAUAAACAAGUACUUCAGAAAAACCAAGGAUGUUAACAAGAAAAGAUCUGUGGAUUCUAGGACGUGUCCUUACUUUCAUCAAUUAAGCACCUUGUAUAAUCAAGGAACACUCGUAGCACCCCAAUCUGAGGAGCCGGAAAAACUACCGUUGGCGGCUUCUUCGCCGGAAUACCACCCCGCCUACAGCAGGCUGAUUGUUAGUUCAUCUCAAAAUGGGUCUAGUAAUUUAACAAUGCAUAACGUUGUUGAUGAAGGUGAGAAAAAUCUGGUUCAAGCACCAGGCCUUAGAUUUUGAUAUCUAGUUUUGCAAUUUUUAAGUGGGGGCUUUGCUGUGAUAAUAAUAGACUGAUUAAUGAGAUUUUUUUUCUUCUUUUUCUUUUUCGUUUAGCAAAACGACAUCAGAUAGUGUGUGUGUACACAUAUUUAUAUGAUUUGAGAUUGGUUUUAUUCA